ACCCCAGACAUCACCAUGUCCGGCUCCUGCUGCGGCUCCACCUGCUCCUCCUCGGGCUGUGGGGGAGGCUGCUGCCAGCCCUGCUGCCAGCCCUGCUGCUGCCGCGACCCCUGCUGCUGCCGCCCCGUGUCCUGCCAGACCACCGUGUGCCGCCCCGUGACCUGCACCUGCCGCUGCACACGCCCCAUCUGUGAGCCCUGCCGCCGCCCUGUCUGCUGUGACCCCUGCUCCCUGCAGGAGGGCUGCUGCCGCCCCAUCAGCUGCUGCCCCACGUCCUGCACGGCCGUGGUCUGCCGCCCCUGCUGCUGGGCCUCCACCUGCUGCCAGCCCAUCUCUGUGCAGGCGCCCUGCUGCCGCCCCCCCUGCUGCCAGCCUGCCCCCUGCCGCACCACCUGCAGGACCUCCCCCUGCUGCUGAGCAGUGCAUCGACGGU